UAUGGGAUGUGAGAGACGCAGUGCAAGAAUGGUGAGGACAGAGGGGCUAUUUUAGUGAGCCACUCACAUGAGCGCUGGAAUCUAUAUAUCUACCCUCUUUCUGCCCUCCUUGUCUCAGAAAAAGACACCCGAGAGUAUUUGUCACCUACUGUAUAAGAGGAAGAACACACAGAGCUGUAACCAUGUCUGAAGCGCCUCCGAAACCAAAGCCAAAGAUCUCUGCAUCUCGCAGACUCUUCUUGAAGACCAAAUUGCUAAAGAAGGCCAUGACUAUGUUGGAAAAUGAGAAGCAAGUCAGAAAAGAUGAACGAGAGAGAACCCUCUCUGACAGAGUCCCAGCACUACAAAUGUCAGGCAUGUCUUUGCAGGAUCUACAGAAUCUUUGCAAAGAGCUCCACCAGAAAAUUGACGUGGUCGAUGAAGAACGGUAUGAUAUUAAUGCUAAAGUGAUGAAAAAUGAAAGGGAGAUACAGGACCUGUCACAGAAGAUCUUUGAGUUGAAGGGCAAGAUGAAGAGACCGAACCUGAGGAGGGUGAGGGUGUCUGCUGACGCCAUGCUGGGAGCUCUGCUGGGGGCUAAGGUCAAAGAGUCUGUGGACUUCAAGGCCAACCUCAAGACUGUGAAGAAGGAGGAGGAGAAGAAGGAGGAAGUGACUGACUGGCGUAAGAACGUGGACGCCAUGUCUGGUAUGGAGGGCAGAAAGAAGCUGUUUGAUGCCGGGCAGUAGAUAUUGUGGUGAACUUCUUUGUGAAGGUGCUUUAAAACAGGUGGAGCAAGUUCCUUUAUAAUGGAAAUGAACAUGAAAACCAGUUUAAAAAAGUAGUCUCUGGUACAGUUCAUGUUUCAAGUGUUUGUGUAAAUGACAGUAGAGAACAUGUGUAACCCAAUGACAAAUUAUAUCAUACAUAGUUUUUACAUAAUGUAGGGUGUAUUAUGAAAAGCACAUGUAUUUAAUUUAUCAGAGCACUAUACUGCUUUUGUAGCUUUUAGCACCCAUGUGAAGUCAUAUGCAGAAACACUAUUGGCUCUCUGGGCCACCUGCAGUGACGUUACUGACUUGCCUUUUGACCUCUGUUAGGUACGAGAAUAAACAGACAAGAAACAGAGAAAAUGCAGAUUGGCAUAUUUUUUUACAAUUAAUAAUCUGAAUUUAUACUUGACAAUACUGCGGACAAAAGCAUCUUUUCAAUUAUGGACUGAGAUGACAACCUAAAAAAUAGAGAACAACAUUUCUGUGUAUUCUUGUGCAUUUGAUGAUAUAUUUGACUGAUAAAGAGAAUGAAUACACAUUCCAGGAGCAGCUAAUGUUGGGGGUCAGUUUUUUCAUGGGCAAUGUUAUGAAUUGUGUAUCAAAUAAAAUGUGAAUGGAAUUGCUUGGA